AUGAUCAAUUAUUGUGAAAAACUUCUUUACGAUAGAUAUAAUUCAUUUUAUAAAUUGUAUACUGAUGGCUCUAAAGAUGUGGCAGGUUCAGGAGCGGCGAUCUUUGACCCUCAGGCAGAAAUUAGCAUGAAAUUCAAAAUUGAAUCGAAUAUCAAUAUUAUGCACACUGAGCUGAUUGCAAUAUCUGAAUGCCUGUCUUAUAUAUUGUCACUUGAGGGUGAUAAGUUUGUGAUUUUAUCAGACUCAAAGAGCGCCCUUCUACAUUUGGCUCGGCUAACCUCGAAUAUUCGAGGAUACCCGAUAGCCUAUGACAUCUUAGACUCCAUAUGCAAAAUUAACAACAAUAAUAAAACUGUCAUAAUUCAAUGGUUACCCUCCCACGUAGGAAUCAUGGGCAACGAGGAAGCAGACACGGCAGCCAAACGCGCCAUCAGCGAUGGUAUACCCUAUGACUGUAUACCACUACCAAAUGAAAUUUUGAUAAAAUUUAAACAGGAAUGUGUAGUAGAAUGGCAAGAAUAUUUUGACGAAAGGUCUCGGGUUAAAGGCAUAUGGUAUAAAACAAUAGUGUGUCAGCUCCCUCGAUGUCCAUGGUUCGCAGAGUCCAAGUUUAAAAGGGCAGAGAUUAUAACUCUGUUAAGACUUCGGUCCGGGCACAUCCCAUCAAAUAAAUUCAAAUUUAUGGUGAAAAGGUCGUCCACACAAAAUUGUAUUGAAUGUGGAAACACACAAGUGGACGACGUUUUUCACCUUUUGAUGGAAUGUGCACGGAACGGGUCGGAGCGGCCGCGCGUCCUUAAAAACAACUACAGCGUGGGUAUGUGCAAUACCAUAUUAGCUGCCCCGCUGGCCAGGGACGUGCGGUCGCUUCUUAAAAUGUGUUAA